CGCGGCCGGGGCUGGGCGUCAGUUCCGGCGGGUGGCGCUGGGAGAUGGCGGCCGAGCGAGAUGGCGGCGGUGGAGCUGGAGCGGGGCCCAGUGGUGGCGGCGGCGGCGAGACGGGCUCCGGCGGCACCGAGCAGCUGCACCAGGACAACCCGCUGCUCACUCUCCCCAUCGUCGCCAUCGACUCCAUCCUCGGGCUGAUGGCCUACGACGAGAUCAGCGGCCUGCGGAUGGUGUGCAAGCGGAUGGAUGCAAUCUGCCAACGCCUGCUGAACCAGGGGUUCCUGAAGGUUGAGAGGUAUCACAGCCUGUGUCAGAAGCAGGUCAAAGCCCAGCUGCCCCGGCGCGAGUCGGAGCGCAGGAACCACUCUCUGGCACGCCACGCGGACAUCUUGGCGGCCGUGGAGACCAGGCUCUCCCUCCUGAACAUGACCUUCAUGAAGUACGUCGACACCAAUCUCUGCUGCUUCAUCCCGGGCAAGGUGAUCGAUGAGAUUUACCGGGUUCUGAGAUACGUAAAUUCUACGCGUUCCCCUCAGCGAGCCCACGAGGUAUUGCAGGAGCUACGGGACAUCUCAUCCAUGGCCAUGGAAUACUUUGAUGAAAAGAUCGUCCCCAUACUGAAGAAGAAACUGAGCAAUUCGGACAUGUCAGGUCGCCUCCUGGGAGUGCCGCCAGUUCCUGGACCAUCCACGGCCCUGACGGCAGUGCAGCUCUUCUCCAAGCAGAACCCGGCCCGGCAGGAGCUGUGCAAGCUGCAGCAGCAGCUGAAGGCGCAAGGACUGAAUGUGACCACCACCCGGCGAGAGGUGUCCGAGAUCCGCGUCAAGUACCAGGAGCAGCUGAAGCAGCUGCAGGACCAGGAUCAGAAGAUCCUGGAGCAGAACCAGAUCAUCGGUGAGCAGAACGCCCGUCUAGCAGAGCUGGACCGCAAGCUGGGGGAGCACGCCCUCAAGCACCAGCAGAGCGAGCAGAAGAUCAAGGACCUGCAGGAGCUGCUGGAGCAGGUCAUCGAGACUGGCACAGGAGGCGGGCAGCUGCCCAGUGGGCCCAGUGGACCCAGCAAGCGCAAGAAGACUCCUCCCGAGGGCAGUGCCAAGCGCCUUCGGAGCCGGAAGUGAGCCGGCCUUUUGCGGGUGGUCUUCUGUCCUCGCGUCUGUGUGUCAGUCCGUGUUAUGCAGGCGCGAUGGCUCCAGGUGAGGUGCCUCGUGGCACCACGUGGGUCAGGAAGGUGGGCACGGCACGCUUCAGUCACCAGCAGCCCAGGGAACUGGGAGUGGGGGGUGGUUGGGUGUCACUGACUGGGCAGCUAAACACAGUCCUGGGUCACAGGCUCCACCACUGUCCUUCCCGCUGCCCUGGAUAACGGAGAACUGAACUCUACCUUUCUCUGCUCCCAAUAACUGAUUUCAGCCCAUCCCCUGGUCCCAGUAACAAGGUCCAAUACACCCGUCCCCUGAUCCUGGGCAACAAGACUCGGCUAACCGUCCCAGGUGUCGGGUAGUGAAGGGUCAUACCUUAUUUUAGCCCAGCCCUGGAUAAUUCCUGCCAAUCCCCCUGCAACAGGUAACUAACUAUGUCCUUGCCUUGCCCGUCUUGGUUAAUGGAGCGUUAACUGUCCUCAUGAGCCAGCUGAUGAAGAGUUCGAUGCCAGCGUGGGGCUGUCAACACUGCUUCACCUGGUGGAAGAGCAGCAGCUGCACGGGAUGGAGUCGGCGCUGUGGCUGCUGAUGUCUGGGGGAGGGUGAAGCGGUGCCCUCAGUGUCUGGGUUCUGUGCUCCCACGUCUGUGUCGUGUAGGGCCCUCAGAGUGCCGUGUGCCCUCUGGCAGGGUCGGCCGGGCUUCCCUGGAACCUCAUUGCCACCAUUCCCAGUGGGCUGGCGUGGUGGUUGUGAUGCAUGGGCUUGGUCUGCACUCCUGGCACGGCCUCGGGAAUAUUAAAGCUGUUGUAUCCGGACUUGGGCGCCUGCACUGAGUGUUGGAGGAAGAUCGGAACAAGGCCAAAGCCACCUUGUGGACAAACGGGAAGUGGAAGCACACGGCCAGGUAGAUGAUGUGAGCCCUGGGCUGACUCUGCCCCUGACGGCUACUUGUCAGAUCUGGUGAGAGAACAAACCUGGGGGGCAGCCGUCGUUCCUCUGCCCGACAUCAGGCGAGGCCCAGUUACCAUCCCAGCCCCCAACCCCCCCCCACCCUGCUGCUGGAAUCUCCCACCUCAGCACAGCCUGGCCCUGUCACUGAACCACUGUGCCCGUCUGCUCAGCACACAACCCCACUCCAGUGGCAGGGAUUUGAUUCUGUUCUGCGUGGAAUCCCUUUGAUUCCAGCUGUUGUUGCUGCCUGGGUUGGUAAGUGAAGUGAAGUACACCCUGCCCAUCUAAUGUGCUGAUACAGCCCAUUUCCCCAUAGCCCACUUUGAGAGGGGUCAGAAUUAACCUGCGCUAUAAUUUGAACCAAGUACACAUGUUGUGUGCCUUUGCUUUGACCUUUGUCCACAGUCCCACCACCAUUCAGGGAUUUGAGGUGUGCCCGGUUGCACCUCAAAGCCCUAGACAUCAUAGUCAUGUCCCAAACUUGUACAUUGUUCCCCUGUCAAGCUACCACUGAACUGCGACAAUGUUAUCCAGGGAAUGUGAGUCUUGAUGUUGAGGUUUGGAGAAGUUCCACUUGAUGUCUGGAAGGUCCUGAGGCCAAGUCCAAGGUCCUGAGGCCAAGUCCACGCUCACUUAUGCUGACGUUCUCAUGCUGUGCUGUAGCACAGUUACCAAUACCCAACCUCCAAGCACCCAAGGAUCAGACUUGGGGAUCAGCUUUUGGUGGGGCUUGGGGCAUUCUAGAUAUCAUAGACUUUGGUGGUCUGAGAUGAUGGUAGGGGUGUUAGGGUCCUUUCCUGGAUUGAGUUGACUCCUCAGUACAUAUGAUUCCUAGGGAGGCUAUGCCACUGAGUGUUGGCUUCUUCUGUCCUGAUAUCUGGGCACCAAAUAACCAUUGCUGGUGCCUGAGAAAAUGUCCCAAAGAAUGGAAUUAGCUGGAAAGAGGGAGGGUGUUUCAUAAAAGGAUCCUGAUGUUGGCACCUUGGUGUCUUUACAACUUUGUAAGAAGGGAAGUUCUUCACGUUAAACUUCAAAAAGGAAAAUACCUUGUGUGGGAUCUGCUGAUUCAAGUGAAAUGCAGGGAAGGGCUAUUUAAGGUGAGACUUCACUUGCUGACUGUUAUAUCGUGCAGCAAUGUUUAAUUGUUCAUUGGCUUUUGUGAACUGAAAAUAAGUUAUUUUUUAAACAAAA